AGAAGAUGGGACAAAAAAAUGAUAAAGACAUUCACACCUUUUUAUGAAACACCCAACCCCAAACACCAUUUCAUAUUUCAUCAUCUUUGAACAAAGAACAAAAUCCACAACGAAGUAAAAAAAAAAAAGGAUGGCAAUGAGCAACAAUAUAAUAGGAGCAAUAAAUUUAGUAGCAAUAGUCCUCUCAAUCCCAAUAAUAGGUGCUGGAAUAUGGCUAACAAACGAACCAGCGGACACAUGUGUGAAGUUUCUCCAAUGGCCAGUGAUAAUCCUGGGAGUUCUCAUAUUAAUAGUGUCUCUAGCUGGUUUCAUUGGUUCUUUUUGGAGAGUGUCAUGUCUUCUUAUAUUCUACCUCGUUUCAAUGCUUGUGCUUAUUAUACUCCUUGUUUGUUUGGUGGUUUUUGUUUAUAUGGUAACGGUACGAGGUCAUGGUAACAUUGAACCUAAUCGGGCUUAUUUGGAAUACCGUUUGGAUGAUUUUUCAGGGUUUCUUCGUAGAAGGGUCAGAAGUUCUUUUAAGUGGGAUACUAUUAGGAGUUGUCUUAGUUCAACAAAUAUGUGUGCUGAGUUGAAUCAAAGUUACCGUAUGGCUAUGGAUUUCUUUAACGCACGUUUAACACCAAUGCAGUCAGGGUGCUGCAAGCCACCAACACAAUGUGCAUACACAUUUGUGAACCCAACCUAUUGGAUUAGCCCAAUAAACAAUGCAGCAGAUAUGGAUUGUCUUCAAUGGAGCAACGACCAAACACAACUUUGUUACAAUUGUGACUCGUGCAAGGCUGGUUUGUUGGCAAAUCUUAGAAAGGAAUGGAAAAGAGCUAAUGUGAUAUUGAUCAUAACCGUCAUUGUUUUAAUUGUGGUUUAUUUGGUUGGUUGCUUUGCUUUUAGGAAUGCCAAGACUGAAGAUCUCUUUCGCAAAUACAAACAAGGCUAUACUUGAUCAUCACAAUAUUUAAUUACUAGUAUAUGCUUGAUGAAAUUGGGUAAUUUUGUGUAGUUUAAUUAAAAAAUGAAUGUAGUAGUAUGAAUUUGUGUGUGUCACAUAUUUUGAGAAGAAAAAAGAUGCUUGUUUUGAUAAUAAAAGGUAUACGGAGCUGAGCGUGAUUUAAGGAAGCCACCGAAAGCUGAUGUCUCGAAUUUCGAGUUCCUCAACAAAGGCAGUUAUGAGAGACUUUCGGGGCUCUUUGUCUUUGUCUUGUCCGAUUCAUCUAAAUUACUAUAUCUCUAUUUGAUAUCA